UCAGCCACGUAACGUAGUCUCGCCAUAUUAUCCUCAGUGAAGCACUACGAUAUUAGCCAGCACAGUUCCAUACAUCUUCAUAAGCCGUUAUGCCUUUCGCACAGAUUGUCAUCGGCCCACCGGGCUCAGGAAAGACUACAUAUUGCAAUGGAAUGCACCAAUUCAUGUCCGCAAUUGGCCGCAAGUGCUCGGUCGUAAAUCUCGACCCAGCAAAUGAUCAUGUAUCAUAUCCAUGUGCUUUGGAUGUGCAAGACCUGGUCACGCUGGACGACAUCAUGGAAGCAGAGAAUUUGGGGCCAAAUGGUGGGAUUAUCCAUGCUCUGGACGUAUUAGAGGAGAACUGGGACUGGCUAGAAAACGGAUUGAAGAAGCUAGGUGAUGAUUAUGUCCUGCUGGAUUGUCCAGGCCAAGUGGAGCUUUUCACACACGAUGGGUCACUACAGAGAAUAUUCCGGAAGGUCGAGAAGCUGGGGUACAGACUCGUGGUGGUACAUCUUGUGGACGCACAUUACUGUACGGAUCCGGCCAAGUAUAUCUCGGUGUUGUUGUUGAGUUUGAGGAGUAUGUUGGCGAUGGAUUUGCCGCAUAUCAACGUUCUGUCGAAGAUUGAUUUACUGGAGCGAUAUGGGAAGCUAGCUUUUAAUCUCGACUUCUACACCGAAGUCCAAGACCUCUCCUACCUCCUCCCCCUCCUCGAGGCCGACCCCCGCCUCGCAAAAUACGCCUCCCUAAACACCGCAAUAACCGAACUAAUCGAAUCCUUCUCCCUCGUCGCCUUCGAAACGCUCGCCGUAGAAGACAAGAAGUCAAUGACGAAACUCCUUAACAACAUUGAUCGCGCAGGAGGGUACGCGUUCGGGAGUGCGGAGGGGGCUGGGGAUGAUGUCUGGGCUGUUGCGGUUAGGGGAGGGUGGGGGGAGGAGUAUAAUGUUAGGGAUGUACAGGAGCGGUGGAUUGAUGAGAGAGAGAGUUACGAUCGGGUAGAGAGGGAGCAGUGGAAGGAGGAGGGGCAGAAUGCGCAGGCGCCGCCGCGGUAGCGUUGCCGUUCAUCAUGCGACGAACAGAGAGACAGACAGACAUAAGAAAAGAUAGUAGGGUACCCCAAUGGUCAGCAUCGACUGUUCGUUGCGGAGAAGGUUUCCUCGCCAGCCCUCGCUCGCGCGCAAAGGGACGCUGCUCCAUUGCAACCUCCAACUGCCGCAUGCAGACCCGUGCCUGAAGCCGCGACCAACACAAAGACAGGGAGCUCGCAGCACGCUUGAACCCCCGAGAGCGUCCCUUCCCAUUCAACCCUCUGGACAACAAGCAAUUGCAGUCUUCGAACGCU